CCCUUUCUCUACUUCUGUCGGAUACCCAUAAUAAGGAUAAAUGAUAAGAAACCAGGAUAAGAUGUGAUUUCCAUUUUACAGAAAACUCAAGCAAACAAGCACACAAGCACACAAACUAGUUUAACUCCAAAAAAAACCAAUCAAAAUUGUCAUCAUCAAAGGUAUUGGUUUAUGCAAGUGUUAGAUCAGCAAAAAUGGUAGUUCUGGCAAGCAGCUGUAUAACCAUGAGUAGUACGACCACCCUUCUUCUUCAUUCUCAGCAGCCGUACAAACCCUUGCUUCUUUUGCCAAGCAGCUGUAGAACCACCGCCACCGCCACCGCCACCGCCGCCGCUUUCCGUUCUCUUUCUCUCUCCUCCUUAUCAAUUGGUGGUUCUUCCUCCUCUCUCAGAACUCCUGUUUCCGCCGUCGCCAUGGACACCAGUCAGCCUAGCCCUUCUUCUGAUCAGGAUCAAACAACUAAAAAGUACUAUUUUGUGGUCGCAAAUGCAAAGUUCAUGCUUGACGAAGAAGAGCAUUUCAAAGAGCUUAUGGAAGAAAGGCUUCGCAUGUUUGGAGAGCGUAAAAUGGAACAAGACUUUUGGCUUGUUAUUGAACCAAAGUUCCUGGAUAAAUUCCCUAAUGUCACCAAGAGAUUAAAGAGACCUGCUGUGGCUUUGGUCUCAACAAAUGGCCCAUGGAUCACGUACAUGAAACUGAGAUUAGACCGUGUUUUAGCCGAAAGCUAUGAAGCCGACAGCUUAGAAGAAGCAUUGGCCUCAAAUCCCACUAAAAUAGAGUUUGAGAAGCCGGAAAAGUGGGUCGCCCCAUAUCAAAAAUACGAUUAUGGCUGGUGGGAGGCCUUCUUGCCUCCUGCAUCCCAAGCUUGAAGUACAAUGCCAACAAAAUUCUGAGAGUUCUACUUGAAAGAACGAUAAUAUUUAGCACGUAUUCACAUAUAUGGUUGAGGUUCUUCGGGUACCAAACCCUUCAUGGGUCGAACAAAAGACUUGUUACCGUCUGAUCUGGAAAAAACGGGAUGGGUUAUGAACCGGGUGCAAUACAGUAGCAGCAGCGUAAAGCUCGUCGUUUGAGUACUGUGUGUUGUGUUGUGUUGUGUUGUUAAUUGGUAGAUUGUAGGUGUUGUUGUUAUGUUUAGGUGUUGUACUGAUUGUUUGAGGUUUUGCCCUCCAUUUCUUGUAUGCAGAAGAUGAGGAUUUUUUCAAAAUAUUAGGUAAAUAGUGGAGUAAGUUAUUAAGGAGUACUUAUUUAGUAUAUGAGAAUGCGCUCUAUUCAUCUA